AUGCCCAUACGCCUCGUAAAAGGUGGAGACCUUCUAGUGGUCGCUGUCGUUUAGGUCCCUCCAUCCUUAUGGAGCGAACGGCAGCUGUUUCAGUCACCUCGAGUCGUGUGGUGAAGGCGGUCGCGGUGCAUUAAAAGGCUACAACAAGUUAGCCGGGGUUCUUCUCGGACUGGGGUGAAGGAAAGCAAGAGCCAUGUCUGCGAGAGAAAGACUGAAGGAAAGGAUGACUAAGGACAGCGUUACUUUGCUGCCGUGCUUCUAUUUUGUUGAGCUUCCAAUCCUGGUCUCAUCUGUGGUGAGCCUUUACUUCCUAGAGUGGACAGACAUCUUCAAACCAGUGCGCUGGGGGUUUGCUUGCCAUGACCGCAGUCUGAGUUUGCCAUACAUUGAGCCCACGCAUGAGGUCAUUCCCUUCCUCAUGCUCCUCAGCCUGGCCUUUGCUGCACCUGCCAUCACGAUAAUGAUCGGAGAAGGCAUUCUGUUCUGCUGUCUGUCCAGAACUCAGAGCGGCCCUGGAGCUGAGGCCGACAUCAAUGCAGCCGGUUGCAACUUCAACUCUUACGUCCGCCGUGCCGUCAGGUUUGUGGGGGUUCAUGUGUUUGGCCUCUGUGCCACCGCUCUGAUAACUAACAUCAUCCAACUGUCGACGGGUUAUCCAGCACCCUACUUCCUCACUGUCUGCAAACCUAACUACACCCACCUGAACAGCUCCUGUGAUGAGAGCUCCUUCAUCCUGGAGGAUAUCUGCUCUGGUGCUGACACUGCCAUCAUCAACGCCAGCAGAAAAUCCUUUCCUUCUCAACAUGCCACAUUAGCAUCUUUUGCCGCCGUCUACAUCUCAAUGUAUUUCAACAGCACUCUGACAGACUCGUCUAAGCUGCUGAAGCCCUUGCUAGUUUUCUCCUUCAUCAUCAGUGCUAUCAUGUGUGGCCUGACACGUAUAAUCCAGUACAAGAACCAUGCCAUCGAUGUCUACCUAGGAUUCCUCCUUGGAGGGGGCAUUGCUGUUUAUUUGGGUUUGUACGCUGUGGGGAAUUUCCAGCCCAGUGAGGAGAAGCACAGCAGUGAACCCCAGGUGAGGGAUCCUAUCCGAUCCAUGACUGAUCUGGGUCAGAGGGUUGGCCACCACCUGCCUGCUAAAAGUUGCAGCAGUAGUGGUGGCCUCUCCUCCUCCCACUCAGAGGGAAUCCUGCACCGCAAUCUGCAAGCCCGGCAGACUAACUCCCUCACCAACCUGAAAAGAUCCAGCGCAGAUGUGGAGGUCAUCACCCCCUGCAGCCCUGCAGCCAAGGAGAGCAUGGUGACCUUCAGCAACACUCUGCCCAGGAUUCACUCACCAGCCAUGGAUGAUGCCCGGCGCACAGCCACCAUCCAUUCUUCCAUGGACUCCAGCCGGUCCAAACAGCUGCUGUCGCAGUGGAAAAGUAAGAACGAGAACCGAAAGCUCUCCCUGCAGGCCAUGGAGAAUGGGCCAGGCCAGUCACCCCCCAGCAGCAUGGAGACUCGCUCGAGCUCAGAGCCGUCUGCUGUUGGCGUCAACGGGGAGCACCAGGGUCCUGGAGCUCCAUGCCUCAAACUGGCCACUGGAAGUACUACAUUACCCAACAAUCCCAGCGGCAUUGCUGGAGGUGCUAGAAUAUCCCUCCAGUCCAGGCCAGGGUCUUCUCAGCUGGUGCACAUCCCAGAGGAGACCCAGGAAUGUAUAGGCACCUCACCUGGCGGUAAUGUACGGGACAAGUGGCUAAAGAGCAUGGAGAAGAGUGGGGCGGCACCUGUAAGGACUAAUGUCAAUGGACAGCCACGAAUCAUGCAAGUCAUCGCCAUGUCCAAGCAGCAGGGCCUGCUGCCCACAGGCUCUCCCAGCUCUGAGAGCAGCAGCCACACCAGCUCCACUGCGCCUCUACACCGAUACAAGAGCCUGACGGAGGAGACAGGCUCAGGGGCCACCAGCCAAGGCUCUACAGGGGCUAUAGUGAGAGUAGAAGCUCAUCCAGAGAACGGACGCCCCCUGGUGCAUGCCCAUUCCACUGAUGGCAGCGGCUCCUGGACCUGGAAGUCUCAGACCAGCUUCAGGCAGUCCUUUGAGCUAAAUGAUCUAAACCGGGACUCUGAAAGUUCAGAGUCUUUUAGGGAUGGCUACGGCUCCACAGACAGAAAAAGAAGCAAUUCCAGUGCCCCAAUCCCUGUCACCGUGCCAACCAUCCCUACCGUCUCAACUGUUUCCUCUGCAGCCAACGCAGUGGGGGACCAGCAUCCUCAUCAGGCCAUCUCCACUAUCCGGGUCACCCCCAUGGAGAGCACCGAUAGUGGCCCAGAGAGCCGGGACUCAACCCUGAGCAGGAAAAGCAAAAGUAAUAUGAUCCUGAUCCCUGAAAGAGGGAACAGCCCUGACAACACUAGAAACAUUUUCUACAAAGGCACCUCCAGCACCCCAGCUUUUAAAGAGUAGCCAGCCGUCAAGGCAUUUUCACUGUUUAGUAUGAAAAGAAAAAAAUGAGGUUUGAUCAGAUGUCAAACCUCAUGUGCAUCACACUGUGGGAUUCACUGUAUUUAUCCAGACAUGUUUGUUUUGUUGUUCUACUUUGCACUCUGGAUAACCUACAUUAUUUUGAUGACUCUCACUGUUUCUUACCAUGCAUGAGGUGUUUCACUGGUUUAUGAAGUAGCCACAGUGACACAAAAGCACAAAUGUAGAACUGUUUAGAAGCUAUUGAUGCUUGCAACAGUGAGGAAAUAUAUUGUAGCAUAUCAAAAAAUUGUUCUAUGUGACUAGGGCUGGGUAUCUUUUUACAUUUUUUGAUACCAAUACUUGGCUUCGAUACUGAUUUACUGACCACAACGGAUAACAGACUAAUAAAGUUGUGCUGACAUUUAUAACAUGCUUACAGAAUGUUGGCAGAGAAUCACAAGUCUAGAUUUUGGUAUAUUUAGGUAUUGAAAUUUAGUAUCGAACGACAUGAUAUUUUUUGAUACUUGGUGGGCAGUACCACAAAAGUAUUGAAUUUCGAUACC